GGUGUUGGUUAAUUUUAGGCAAAGACAACAACAUGGCCGCAGCCAUGGAACACGUGCAAUCUACAGAAGACGAUAACCCAGUUGUUUGCCUUAGAGCUGGAACAAAUAUCGUUGAUGUUAAACCACUAUUUUCUCAUGAUUCAAAGUUAUUGUUCUGCUGUGCUGGUUACAAUGUCAAGGUGGUGAGCACCGACAGUGGGGAAUGUAUUCGAGAACUGAAGAAUGGACAUACGGACAGAGUGACUGGGCUUGCCAUCAAUCCAGUAUGCAAACUGCAGUUGUUCACUUGUGGUCUGGAUGGGCAGAUUAUAUUUUGGGAUUAUUCCGAUGGAGUCAUUGUGCGGAAAUACUGUGUCAACCAGCCGCUGUAUGGGUUGGUGCAUGUGAAAGCCACGCUUGGUAAGAAACUCAAAGUGACGGUUUCCGUGAUUCAGCAAGUUUCCCACAACACACACAGGGGAUCAGGUUAUGCACUUGUUCAGCAUACGUUGAAGAACUUGUCUACAAAGAUUGAAACUCGUACGAUACUCAAUUGCUGUCAAAAUGAUGCGCGCAUGGUUUCGUUUGGUAGUCAGGCAGAGUAUUAUACUGCAGUGCAGGACAGACAUCUGUAUGUGGUCCCCAAACAAGGCAAUAUAAACAGUUUUUCCUUGAUGAAGGACAUCGACUAUCAUGGUACGCCUCCACACUUUAUGUGUGUUGCCUGCCACCCCACAGAUUUGUGUAUUGCUACUGGUUGCAGUGACGGCAAAAUUGUUCUUUGGUAUAAUUUCCUCGAAGCGAAGCGUUUGGUGAAAACUGUACACCACUGGCAUUCCCUUGCUGUCAUGGACAUCUGUUUCACAGCUCAAGGUUCAUAUUUUCUGAGUGGAGGCUAUGAAUGCGUUCUCGUCAAGUGGCAGUACAAUUCGCAAUUCAAAGACUUUCUCCCACGUCAGGGAUCACCGAUCAACCAUGUGACCUGUUCCCAUGACAACACGCUGUACGCAACCUCUCAUGAUGACAAUGGGAUCCACAUAAUAAGUAGUAACUUCAGCCUGCGCCACGUGAUUCAAGGAUUAACACACGGACACCUGGACAGACGGCUGGACGAACCGAUACCUGUAGGUCUACUGCGAGAUCCCCAGUCCAAUGCCCUCGUCACCAACGGCUUGCCAGGACAUCUACAGUUCUUUGCACUACACACAGACUCACAGCUCUACAAUUUGGACAUAGUUUGUCAGAACUACAUAUCCCCGGAUACGCUGAACAAACCGACGGUUGUCACAGAGAUACAGUGUGCGGCAUUUGACCGGGAGGGGCGCUGGCUGGCCACAUUUGAGUUCUGGGACGAUAACGUCAUGACGCCCGAGAUGCAGCUCAAGUUCUGGGAGUUCUCCGAUAAGUUACAGAAGUUUAGUCUGAACACCAUGGUUGAUAUUCCACAUACUAAGAAGAUCCACACCCUGAAGUUCCGUCGAAGUGACCAUGAUCUACCACCAAUGGUGGUUACGAGUGCAGACGACAACCGGUUUAAACUGUGGGUUCUGGUUGACGACACUGACAUCUACAAGUCGCGGACCAAGUGGAUGUGUGAGUCGAUAGGGUUCUACCGAGACUUGUCGUCAGGGUCGGUGGAUUUCUCUGAAGAUGGCUCAUUGCUUGCUGCCGCGUUCACGACGACCAUCACCUUGUGGGACCCUGACACUAACGUCUUGAAGACUUCUCUUUCCAGCGCGGCUUGCAAAGAUUCUAUCAGAGAUCUGCUGUUUGGGCGUGUAUCGUGCUGCCAUCUGUUGGUGUCCACUAGUGCCACACACCUCACGGUCUGGAACCUACUGUCUUGUACAGUCCAAUGGAGCGUUGCUAUGGACAUCCCUGUGCUGACCUCUGACCCCUUGUCGAGCUAUGUGGCUGCAGUGUCAGCAGAUAGAGACUUGUUUGUGUUUGAACCAUCAAACCCAUCCCCAGUGUACUCCCAUCCAGAAGUGUGCAGUAGUGAGGUUCUGGCAGCAAUAUUUAUACCUCACCUACAAAAAACGUCCUACAAAGGGAAGCUAUCCUGGCAGAGACACUCACAGUUUCAUUUCUUCAACAGAGACCAACAACUUUUGACUCUAGAUUCAAAGGAUAGUCAAGAUGAAUCCUCUGAAAUUAAACUGAAGAUGCAACAGUCCCUCCCCUCCACACCACUGAGUCUGCUGCUGUCAGAGCAACACCACAGGCACGGAAUCAAGAAACUAGAAUACGGGACACUGCAAAGUGUCCCACAGAACACAAAAUUUGUCAAAGAGAUGUUGUCGACGCCAGCCCAUGUUCAGCCAUCUUUAUCAUCGCUAUGUCAAACAUUCGUGUCGUCCCUUCUCAUACACAACAAGAGUUUAGGGUCGAAGUUUGAAGUGGAAGAUGUGGACGAUGACAUCUCAUCACACGAAGAUGAGGAUUCUGAUUCUGACAUGGAGGUGGACCAGUCUCCUGGAAGACGGAAAACUGUGGACACAGAGGUUAAAACUAAACAAACGAAAAACACUGACAUGGCAGACAGUUCCUUGAGCGGACACCAGCAAGAUCUUGAAAACGAGGAGAAAGCUCUCAAACUGUUUAAACAAAACUCUGACUGGUUGUCCACCGUAUUGCCUUAAUACAUGUGCAGGAAACAAUAAAACAAUUUGUUAUAAA